CAUGCUCAGCAGGCCCGCCCCUGGCGUGCGAAGGCUUCACUACGGCUCUGCGGCUGCGUCAUAAAGCUGCUCCUCCCAGGCCAGGCUGCCCAGGCUGAGCUUCCGGCAAAUCCGCUUUCACUUCGCUGCCUAAGACCAUGGGCGCUCUCCUGAGUGGUGGCCAGGAUGGCCCGGAGCCUGCGCAGCCCCAGCCUCCGGCGCCAGAGGGUCCGCAGCAGCCUCUGCCCGAGCCCGGCCCCUGGGGACCACUGGAUGAUGUGCGCUUUCUAAUCGCCUGCACAUCCUGGUAUUGACCCGGUUACCCCUGGCCUCUGCUCUCUUGGGCCUGGCCUGGCUUUUGUCUCUUCACCCCAUGAUUUCCUGUCUCACUUCCUCACUCUGGGCAGGGAUUUAAGAAAGAUCCUGGAGACUGGAAGUCCCACAGGGCGACCUUAGGGGACUGCUUCCCGACCCCAGACUUGUUCCCUUCCUCACCAGCCCCUAAACCAGAUCAUCUCCAAGCCCCUUUCCAGCUCCGCCCUGGGGCAGCCUUCCUGAACCAGAAGAACCAGGACCAGAUGCAGGCCUCCUGGCUGGAUCCUGAUGUUGUCCAACUCUGGUUUCCCCUUCGCUAGAGCUGAGCUGCUGCAGGUGUCCCAGGUCAUGGCCCCGUGUGCCCUGUCUCCAGAGAAGCCUUGUCACAGUGACCCUCCCAUACUCCCGAGGUACCUGGGGGUAGGACAUGUGAUUGCUGAGAUGCAUGAGGCAACUGCAGAAUACCCCAAUGCACCCUUUUCUCCCUGAAGCUUCUUAAGGGCACACUUAGGCCCUGGUCCUUGUUCCCAUACCCCAGGGAAAAGACACUGUAUUUCUGUUUUAUUUAGAAAUGAUUUAAAAAACAUUAUACAAAGGCU